GAGCCCUCAAAGAGUGACACCUUGAAAUGAGAAGAUGAACUAGGACGAAUCUGCUGCCUGGUAAAAGGACGUGGCAAAGACUUACCUUUCUUGACCUGGGCUCCGGGCGGGGAAAAGAAGACUCUGCCCUAGAAUAGAAAACUACUCUUCCUCUCACACGCUUGGUGUUGAAAAUCGCACUUACCUAUGUGGUCGGGAUAAUCCCUGGAUAAGAAGUUAAGUUACAGUGUACGUGAUUUGAUAGUGUCCAGGGGCAUCUGACAGAAACAAAGGAAAUUCCCUCUGGAAGGACUCAUCCUUUACUAAGGCAUCCCAAGCCUUGCUAGAGAUGAGCUCACAGUCCAAAAUCACAAGACGCACGAAGCAAUGCCAGUCUAAAAGAGUCAUAGAAAACAACCAGAUUCUCAAGAACAUUAGGAAUUGGGACCAUUAGUUAGAGAGUGUUGAGUGAGUAUGUUCAAAAUGUUCAAAGAAAUUAAAGGUAGGAAGAAAACAAGGAUGAACAGAAUGCUGUCCAAAAGGGCAGGGAAGAUUUGGAAAGGAACGAGAUAAUGCUUCCAGUAAUAAAAAUACAAGCAUUUAAACGGAUACUUCAGUGGUAGCUUAAACAGCAUACGAAAUACAACUGGCGAGAGAACUGGAGAACUGAGUGACAGCUCUGCCGUUGCCCAGAAAGAAACAUGGGGUGAGACACACAGGGCACAGAAUGAGAAGGUCUGUCACGUGUCACAUGAAGAGACUCGAGUGGUGGAGAGAACAUAUUGCAAGAAUAUGCCUGACCGUCUUCCAGAAGUCGUGACAUGAAAAGCAUGAAAUUCAGGAGUCACUGUGUAUCUGAAGUAAGAUAAAUAAAAAGGGAUUUAUGCCUUGAUGCCUAGUGGUGGCAUUGCAGGCGUGGAGGGGAAAAUAAAGACGGGGACCCCGUUUAAAAUGGAGCGGGGAAGGCCCGAGGGGAGCUAUCCGCCACUACCGCUCACCUAGGGAGAAGAAACGCUCCUUUGGACAGCAAAGGACACUACCACUUAGGCAGGAGGAAGAUUUGUCCUUGCCUAGCGACAGACUCAGCCAACGAGAGGCCGCCUGGAUACAGUGAUGGGAAGCCACUAUACCUCCCGCUCUCCGACGCCCAGUUUCCCCCUGGAUGCUUCGUUUAUAACAGCCCCUCCCAACUCUCUCAUUUUUCUCUCUGGAAGUCCCCCGCCUUUGUCCUCCAGACCUGGCUAUGGUUUGCUGUAGUUUGGGUGUCUCUAGUUGUUAAUUCCUCUGCCAUUCCCCAAUAAACUCAUCUUUGCUGGUAAAAUAACUGGCUAUUUUAUUUUUAACGUCGACACAGGACACUAAGGGCAGAGAUGAUUUUUACAGCUGCCAAGAAGAAAAGACAGGCGAGCGGGUUAGCCCCACUGUAGACUAACUUCUCAAUAGGAGCCACAGAAGCCAGCAGACAUUGGACAGGACCUUCUGAGCAUGAGGAAAACGGAACUGCCAGCCUGGAGCUGCAGUCCUGUGCAAACCGCCAUCGCGCGCCGGGCCACCGCGAACCGCACAGGAGCCGCGUCCCACGACAGACCCAAAGGCUGGGUCGUAGGCAGAAGGCCACCUGAAGAUGCCCCUGGAGAGGCAGUAGAUCCGCGGUGUGAGAAGAAGUGGAGGGCAAGAAAACAGACAGUAGGUCUCGGUAAACGUAUAAAACGGUGAAAACGAGACCCCCAACCAAGGCGCACCCCGGCCCACCGCCACCAGCCUGAAGCUGGCGGCGGAACCCCUCGAAACUACAACUCCCGUGAGGCUCUGCGCGGCACGCAAUCGCCGUGCCGUGCGUGCCGUGCGUGGCCGUUCUAGAACGCCGUGGCGAGGGCCCGGGCGCCAUGUUGGGGCCCAGGGGACCGCGGAGAGGCGCUUGAAGCGGCGGGCGAGGAGCGGGAGCGGGUCGGACCUGGGCUGGUAGGAGCCCCGCCCCUCCCGCCUCGGCGGAUCAUGACCCGGGCGGCGGCCACGGAGGUGGCGGUGGCGGGGGACGUGGCGUGGCGGGGCCAGCGCUAGAGAUGAUGCCGUUUCCGGUGACAACCCCGGGAUCACGGCAGACCCCGCCAGCACCCAAGCACUGUGGCAUCUCCUCCCCCAUCAGCUUAGCAGCCCCCAGGGAGACAGACUGCAUACUGACUCAGAAAUUAAUCGAGACCCUGAAGCCCUUUGGGGUUUUAGAAGAGGAAGAGGAACUGCAGCGCAGGAUUUUAAUUUUGGAAAAAUUAAAUAGUCUGGUAAAGGAAUGGAUACGAGAAAUCAGUGAAAGCAAGAGCCUUCCACCAGCGGUAAUUGAAAAUGUUGGAGGCAAAAUCUUUACCUUCGGCUCUUACAGAUUAGGAGUACACACGAAAGGUGCCGACAUAGAUGCCUUGUGCGUUGCACCGAGACACGUUGACCGAAGCGACUUUUUCACCUCCUUCUAUGAUAAGUUGAAACUACAUGAAGAAGUAAAAGAUUUAAGGGCUGUUGAGGAGGCAUUUGUGCCAGUUAUCAAACUGUGUUUUGAUGGGAUAGAGAUCGAUAUUUUGUUUGCAAGAUUAGCACUGCAGACUAUUCCAGAAGAUUUGGACCUAAGAGAUGACAGUCUGCUUAAAAAUUUAGAUAUUAGAUGCAUAAGAAGUCUUAACGGUUGCCGGGUAACCGAUGAAAUCUUACAUCUAGUACCAAAUAUCGACAACUUCAGGUUAACUCUCAGAGCCAUCAAAUUGUGGGCUAAAUGCCACAAUAUCUAUUCCAAUAUAUUAGGUUUCCUCGGAGGUGUUUCCUGGGCUAUGUUAGUGGCAAGAACUUGCCAGCUUUAUCCAAAUGCAGUAGCAUCAACUCUUGUACGUAAAUUUUUCUUGGUGUUUUCUGAAUGGGAAUGGCCAAAUCCAGUGCUACUGAAAGAGCCUGAAGAACGAAAUCUUAAUUUGCCUGUGUGGGACCCGAGAGUAAAUCCCAGUGAUAGAUACCAUCUCAUGCCUAUAAUUACACCAGCGUACCCACAGCAGAACUCCACAUACAACGUGUCUGUUUCAACAAGGACCGUCAUGAUCGAGGAGUUUAAACAAGGGCUUGCUAUCACACACGAGAUUUUGCUGAGUAAGGCGGAGUGGUCCAAACUUUUCGAAGCUCCAAGCUUCUUUCAAAAGUACAAGCAUUAUAUUGUACUUCUAGCGAGUGCACCAACAGAGAAACAACAUCUAGAGUGGGUGGGUUUGGUGGAAUCCAAAAUCCGAAUCCUGGUUGGAAGCUUGGAGAAGAAUGAAUUCAUUACACUGGCGCAUGUGAAUCCUCAGUCAUUUCCAGCACCCAAAGAAAAUCCUGACAAGGAAGAGUUUCGUACGAUGUGGGUGAUUGGGUUAGUGUUAAAAAAGCCCGAAAAUUCUGAAGUUCUCAGUAUCGACCUCACCUAUGAUAUCCAGUCUUUCACAGAUACAGUUUAUAGGCAAGCAAUAAAUAGUAAGAUGUUCGAGAUGGAUAUGAAAAUUGCUGCAAUGCACUUGAGAAGAAAGGAACUUCAUCAGCUGCUACCUAAUCACGUGCUUCAGAAAAAGAAAACGCAGUCGACGGAAGAUGUCCGAUUGACGGCUUUGAACGACAGCAGCCUCGACCUGUCUGCAGACGGUGGAAACAGCAUGUCUGUGCCUUCACCUCCUAGCGCUGCGAAUACUGGCCCAGUGACCGGCGGAAACGGUCACGCCCCGGCUGUAGUGGCGGCCUCCGGGACCAACGUGCAGGUCAUUGAAGUUUCCUCGCAACAGGCAAGCCCCAGUGACAGCCCAGGGGGCGCGUCGAGUGAAGGCGUCCCUCAGACUGCCUCACAGCCAGCCCUCUCCCCACUCCCGAAGCCCGUGAUCACCAGAGUCGUUUCUUCAACACUUCUGGUAAAUCAUCCAGCCCGGCCUUCGGGGAGCGCAGCGACAAACAUAGCCAACCCUAUAGUAGGAGUCUAGAGGACGUGCUCACGUCAGAGAGAAGACAGGACCGAGGCAUCCAACACAGCAGAGGAACCAUCUCGCAGAGACAGGUGCAGCUCGAUUAAGAGCUGUUCAGAUGGGCAGCAGCUUCUCUGUUGGCUUCGUGGGAACAUCCGGUGCAACCUUUCCAGUAGCCCUGCUCUCCCUGCAAAUCCCAUUCCUGUUAUCAAGAAUUCAAUAAAACAGAUUGAAUUGAUAAAAACAAACUCGAGGGUCCAUACAUAAUAUCUGUCAACUCAAUCUGUGGUCUUCAGAUACUAAAGGAGGAGAGUGAAGGGUACCAAGCUAGAUGUGACUCCAAGUAGAUUUAGGCUCACUUGGUAACUUUCUUUACUGGGGGAUCUCGAAGAGAAGUCCAGGUUAGUACGCGAAGCUAGAAGUACGCUCACUCGUGUCAGAUUACGAAUGUGUCAGCAACAGUUAUAUUGACCGUUUCGAAGGACCACUUCCCUUAAAGAGAAAAUGAGAAAAAACCCUCCAGCUAUAUUUGUACCUAUGACUGAUGUCUGGACCGGAUUCGUGUUUGAUGCGUUGUUGGGAAAAAUUUGCAAUACAAGUUGGUAUCAGAUUUUCUUA